ACCAACCGCAAACAUGGGCCUGAUCGACGCCAAGAACAAGGUGCCUGAGUACCAGCGCUUCUACCAGGCCGCCUACAAGGCUCACACCCGUCUGUGGAAGAUUCACCCUCGAAGCCGCUGGUACAUGGGCCCCUACCUCGUCGCUCUCUGGGGAGGUUUCGGAGCUUCCAUCUACGCUGCCAGCCGAAAGGUCGCCGGCCACAACACCUGGUUCGGCAAGGAUUAAAGCAUCAUUAUUUGAUUGGGACAGGCGGGUCAAGAUCAUUGCGACUUGCACUGAAUCGAGGUUCAGGGAAAUGUAUGUCUUAUAGACAGUAAAUAUAGGAUUUUCAAG